AAACCUAACUUACCUUCAAAUUUUACCUCGCAUAGCAGAAGACAUUUGCUAACUUUCUGUGGCGGCCAGCCAUGAAGGUGUUCAACAUCAGUAAUGGAAACACUCUCUAUGUUGCACUUUUCACUGAAGUCAUCAACUCCAAGGAACUGUUAGAUUCUAUGCAAGCUGGGACACUGGAACCUGAAGUGGCAUUUCUCAAUGCAUUGCUUAUCCUACAUGUUUUCCCCCUUCUAGCAGCUGCACAUAAGACACUUAUUGCCAAGGCGCAAUCUUUGACAACACGCACUCUUCACUCUGAGAUAGUUUACAGUUACUCAGGAUCUAAGCAUAUUACAGAAUCCUUGAAAAGAUGUGGCAUCUCUGACAGCUCAACAUAUGUCCUCGCCGCACAUCUCAAUGCUUCCCCAGAUGAGAUGAAAGCUGUGGAGAAACUUGUCAAUGGGAAGGAAAUUGGUUUGGAAGAACUGGAAGGGAAAGCAGAUCAAGCCCAGAUAAAAAAGCACUACAAAAUAACUGGCCCAGAGCUGGAGAUAUCUUCAUUUGUAGAUGCUAUCACAUGCCGGAUUGCUGGUUUAGGAUUUAGGGUUUAGGGUUUAGGGUCGUGAUGCCUUAUGAGAAAGGAGAGUUAUCCUUCCAUUUCCACGUUUUUCUUUCCUUGUUAUGCCUGUUAUUGGUUUGCCCUUUCUCCAUCAUCAAUCCUAUAACUUUUUAAGUCAUAAUUCUGGGGUUCUGAUGUUGGCAUUUUUAUGGUAUUGCUGGUGGAGGGUUAUCAAGAGAAGAAACCUGAGUCAAGAUGUGUGAAUUAUUAUCAGGUUAUUCAUAGCUUAAAAUCAGAAACAAUGUGUAUGUAAUUUUGAUUCGGCUGUAUCCUUGGGCUUCGAUGUAGGCUUCUUAGAAAAUGUUAAGACGGAGAAUUGGAUACUUAACGGCGUGUAACGGUAUUCCGGGAUGGAAUCAUUUAAGAUGCUGAUCCAAACACAGAAAGGGGAGCGGAAUAUUUUGCAAAAAUUCAUUUUCUUCAUUAGAAGCAAACGCUGGGCCAUAAAUGAACGCUGACUGGUGAUAGCCGGUGGCCUAAAAAUAACUCUCUUGUAGUACCUUAUAUUUGCGUCCAAUCCGAGCACACCAUAAUCUUUUUGAGGAUGAAAGUUUGACCUAUUUACAUGCUGGUAUAGGUAUAUUUAAAAUUUUAAGAAAAAAAUCCUGAUUAGAAAAUUGAAUGUGGGCUUACCCAAGGAGGUAUUAUUGAUGUAUUGAAAACCCCUUAUGGGGCGUUUGGUUCAGGGAAUAUUUUAUUACUAAAAAUAAAAUAUUACCACUAGGAUAGAUUACUUGAAAGAUUACUGAGUAUAAAUUAUGACUAUGUUUAGUUA